UCGAAAUGCGGGAGAACUUUCGUCGUCAAUGUAGCCAGUAUUUUGACGGCGAUUUACGCCGUGAAAGGCGAAAGUAGGGUGUACAAGAACAAUAUUACCAUGGAAACCAGCUGUCUAGAAAGAGAUUGGGAAAGCAACCAAAAUAUUGAUCGGCGGCAUCAGCUGUCGAGACAAUGUUCGUUAAUUGAUGAAGGAAUGAAGGGCGGGGCUGACCCGCUGCUGAGUCAGGAGCCAGGUAGUGUACUGCCCUCCUAUGCAAGCCUCAUGAACACUGAUGUGGGCCAUGACUUUUCAGAGGACAAGUUGAUGAACUCAGGCAACCUCUACAGUCUGUAUCUCCUCAACUCCGACUCCAGCAGUGAGCAAUUAAAGACCAGCGAGAACCUCUUGGAGACGUCUCUAUCAUCCUCGGCAGCAUCUGCCAAAGAUACGAAGAAGGACAAUGGGGAUACUGAUGAGGAGAUCGAUGUAGAAACGGACGGGGUGAAGGACCCUAGCCCUGAGAAGGUGCUCGAGAAUGGGCAUUACGAUGCGUUAUUCGAGGGCAUGCCAUUCACUGAACUCAAGGGAAAAGAAGUCGGUCCCUGCGCCUAUUGUAACCUGUGGCGUACAAUCCGCUUCAUGUCCUACUGUGGCCGUUUCCCAUUCUGCAGUGUGUAUUGCACCAAGAAGUUUGCUGUGUAUAAACGGGAGAGGGGUGAACUGUCGGAGAAGACACCAGAAGAUAUCAAAGCCAUUAGGAAACUCAAAGUUCCAACGUUGUUUGAGAAACACAAACCAAGACCCCUCUUCCCAUCAUCACAACCCCCUCCAGAGGGAGGAAGUAAACGCUUAGGCGUCUGCGCUAACGGCUCUGCUGGCAACGGAGAGAGCAUCAAGCACUUUGACUGGCCUUCAUAUCUGGAGAGUCUCAAUGCAGAAGCUGCGCCUGUGAAAUGUUUCCAUCAUGCUCCCCUUGCCAAGGAGUGGAAGGCAAACCUGAUUGGUGCUCUAAUAGAGGUCCACAAUAGAGACCCAGGGGACACUAAAGACUGCUUCUGGGUCGCUAGAGUCAUCAAAGUUGCAGGGUAUAAAGCUAAAUUGCGAUUUGAAGGGAAUGGUAUGGACUGCACCCUUGACUUCUGGAUGCAUCUGUGUACUGCUGAAUGUUAUCCAGUCAACGGUGCUGAGAAGGCUGGCAAGCAAUUAAAACCACCAGCAGAUGUUCUAGCGAAACUUGGCAGCAACUGGCGAGAGCAUACAACGAGAGUUGCUCACUCUGGAAGUCCAACAUUCAGCGUUUCCAAAGAGAAGUUGGAGGAGAGCCUCAAGUGCCCAUUUAAGAAAGAUAUGCAGCUCGAAGUAAUCUACAAACGACAGGUGUCCAGCACCUGUGUAGCAACAGUCAAGAAGGUCAUAGCGGACCGAGUCUACGUGCAAUAUGAGAACUGUAAAGAUCCAAGCAAGGAUUUCUGGUUCCACCAUACAUCACAAUUAAUACAUCCAGUGGGAUGGUCGCAGCGAGUUCAUCAUCCCCUCAUAGCGACAGCAGCGUAUAAGGCUGAAGCUUUGGACAAAGGAAGAAAAAAGAAAGGAGGCUCCCGCGAUGCACCAUGGGAAAUCUUUCAUUUGCCGAAACCCAUUCCCGAUGAGCAGAACUUCUGUGUAGGUAUGAAGCUAGAAGCCAUCGAUCCCUUGAAGCUCGGUAGUAUCUGUGUAGCUACAGUGGUACAAACCCUUGGUGAUGGCUACCUCAUGAUAGCUAUUGAUGGAUGUCUACAUGAUGUCGCUAGCUGGUUCUGCUACCAUGCAACGUCGACGUCACUACUGCCGAUUGGCUUCUGUGAAUAUCACCAGAUUGAGCUGAUCCCUCCGCGAGGUUAUGAUGGCAAGUUUGAUUGGGAUGACUACCUCAGAGUAAGCAACUCCAUAGCUGCACCAGUAGAGCUUUUCCAUCAGAAGAAAAUCGACCCUUCAUUCCGUGUCGGACAAAAGCUGGAAGCAGUAGAUUUGAUCGAGUCUGGCUACAUCUGCACAGGAACAAUCCUCAAGAUUGCUGGCCCACUGCUGAGAGUAAACUUUGACGGAUGGGACCAUAGUUACGACCAGUGGCUGAACUGUCUAUCCCCUGACAUCUAUCCCGUUGGUUGGUGCGAGAUGGUCGGGUACCCACUGCAACCGCCCAGAAUUCAUGAUCCAAUCGAUCACAUUCUUCCAACGCCUGUCUGCAAGAAUGGAAAGAAACUCAAAUCUACCUCGUCCCUGAAUUCACUUGUAAAAAGAAAGCGUUCCUUGAGUGGUUCAUCUGGAAGUCUAGAGAUGACCAAGUCCAUCUCAAGCAUGGUUGAAGCCAUCUAUUCCUUCUCAGAUACUGAAGAUCAGGUCCCAACCAAACUACCUAAGGUCUCAAAGAAGGACAAAUCAACCAAGCAUAGUAAGAAGGAGCGCAAAGCUGCAUCCUUGAAGGAUAAGAAGUCGUCAAAGUUGAAGAACCACUCAAAGAUCAAACAUAAGAACAACAAGAAUAACACCAAAGGUGAUCUGCAAGCGCUGCUUUCUCAGUCCACCCCAGACUUGGGCAGAGUCAAUAGCUUCUUAUCCAAGAAGGCAAAGGAAGGCAGCGACGGCAUGUACACUUCCUUGUCGGAGAGCUGCUUGACUCUGAAACUGCUUCCAGACUCUCCGCUCUCGCCAAGUCUAGACUCCUUCCCUUCACUAAGCAACGGAAGUACAGGUUCCUUUCUCCAUCAAGGUCUGCAAUUGGAUCCGUUGCAGAUGCUGCCUCUAGAUUCAGGCUUCCAGUCUGUCCUGGCAAAGAAGAGUUGUAGCUCUCUGAUGACCAACUCCGAUAUGAUGCACAAAAUCAAAGUAGAGCAACCAGUAAAGACACACGAGUCUGCGAACAGUGUGGUAGUAUCGUCCAAACACUCGCAUAAAGAUCACGCGGAACUAUCUCACAAAUUUCCAUUUCUGAACUCCAAGCAUGACGGCUCCAAGCAUAAGAGCAAAAAGUCAAAGAAAAACAAAAAAGUCCGUGAUAAGGAUAAGAGCCGGAAGGAGAAGAAAUGCAAAAAGAAGGAGAAAGAGAAGAAACGGAAAUCUGAGGCACUCGAGAAGAGCCUACUUUAUGAAAAGAAAGCAUCCCCAGAAGGCAAGACGAGUAAACUUGCAGCCCUUCUGAAUCUCCCUGGACAAAUCCACUUCCCAGACAACAAGCCAUUAAUUAAUGGUUUCCUUAAUGCAUCAUCUCGAAGCAGUGUGCCCUCUGUGCCUCCAAAGCCAAAGACUAUGGAUCUAACGGAGCAAGAUCCUUUCGCUUUCGAAACGGAACAAGAGAUCGCGGAGAAAUUACUAGCGAAACAAACUCUAGCCACAAAGACAUCAACAACGCAAGUCAAACCAGCCGCGUUGAACAGUUGUGCGUCUGAUGUACCUCCAAAGAAGUCAACCGUUAAGAAACAGCGAGUGAGUAAACCCAAGCGACGGAAUAACUCUAUGCAACAACUUUUAUCGGGAAUGACCGCCUCUCAGGGUGCUGGGUCAUUUUCAGAAUCCAACCGUUCUUUCAGUGAAACCAUCAAGCACGAAGAUGCAAUAUUAUCAGCCCAACCCUCAACCCCUCAUUUGACCCAAAAGACAAUAUCCGCAUCUUUGUUCUCCAAAGCGCAGACGCAAAGUCUCGUGAACAACAAGUCCGUUGUCGAGCGGACGCAUACCCCAGCCUUGAUGGAGUUAAGGAAGCUUCCCAUUAAUAUCCUCCCUCAGGACGCUCAGCGCCUGCUGCGAGCCAUCCAAUGGCAAGACUCUAACCUUCAUCGUGAAUUCAUAACCCACAGUACCUCCACAACUCCCUUCGUACCAAGUCGCAGCAGCUUGCCAAGUUCCCAGUUAGCGGAGACCCAGCAUUCAGAGCCAGCAGUACAGGUAUCUGCUCUGAGGCAAAGCCCUCAGACGGUUCCCCCUUUGAUUAAUCCCAUUCGGAUAUCACCAGUGCACAGCCCAGCCGAGGGGAUUAUCUCACACCGAAUGCCGAUGAUGACAACAAACCCCAAAAAGCAAAGCUUUGAUCAACUACCACGGUUGAACCCUCAGGAAAUUGUCGCCAUGUUGCCAGUGAGCUCUCCGAAAGAAACACACCAUGUCCAGAGAAUAGUGGAUGGACAGAACAAACCCAUGCUCAUAUCAUCUAUGUCAUCCUUGAAAAGGCAAACCCCUACUGUCAUGUUGGCAAAAUGUAGGGCAAGUACAAGUGAUGUAACUUUGUCAAAUCAGAGACCUUUCUCAAGUACUGGCGCCCUAUUAAGCCAACAAACUUUGGUCAGUCUUCAUUCAAAACUAAGCGGGAAUAAUGUACCAUGCCCACAGGUAGUGGCAAGCCCCCAUGCUUCCCCCACUAUGAACACGUUACCGAUUUCCAGUCCGCAUGCUAUGGUACAUCCGCAGUUCAUUACAAGACCACAGACACUUUCAAGUCCAAAGGACUCAACGCCAAGCAUUAUGCUGGGUUAUUCUCAUCAUGCUGCCCAUCCACUACCUCUAUCGUCUCUCAAUGGGCAAUCCAAGAAGGAGCAACACCAUGUUAGUCCGGCCCCUCAUAAAUCCCCAGUUAGCGGAGGACCUCCAGGUACACCAAACAUAACCCAUAGACUUCCUCCGCUUGAAACACUCUUAAAAAGCCUGAAUGCUGGGACUAAACCGAUCAGCCCCACACCCGGGAUUAACGUCUCAAUGAACAGUCAUGGUGGCAUGUUGUCGCCUUCUCUGCGACCCGCCAGACCAAGGCUUGCAAGACCUCAUAGCUUUCCAGAUGCUUCAAACUUCCCAAACUUAUCCUUAAAUCGUCCGCCAUCAUUAAAUAACUUCACGUCAUCCACUGCAAGUUUUCCAUACUCCUCAGCAAGCUACUUGACAACCAUCCCGAAACCCACCUCAACUGUAACCAGUGAUACCAUCUCAAGCCAUCCAAUCAAAUCCAAGAAUCCGUCUUCCUCACCGGUGAUUUAUCCAACAUCAAGUAGACCCAAAACCUCUUCCACGUUUAAACCGGCAACGCCAAGCUUCCCUACCUCACCCUCCAACUCCCAAGCGUCCUGCACGUCUAGCUUCAAGCUAACAGGCUUUCAACCUACCUCAGGUACACUCCCAAUGAGUGUCCCAUCCAGCAAAUCAGGAAGCACCUCCUCGGAAGCAUCCAACCCAACCAAGGUACCUUCAAGUCCCUCGUCCAAUUCCUCGCCCCGUAGUAACCCAGCCACGCCCAAGAGUACCUCCAACACCUCAAGGAGUAACCCCCCAACCCCAGGCACCCCAACGGAGUCUGGACCUGGCUGCAUCGUGGAGGAGUUUACUUUCCAGCGGAUGGUGAGACCAGAGAUUGGAAUAAUGAAUCCAUGGAAGUGGGGUAUCUGUGAAGUCAUCCAGUUUCUUAUUGAUGCUGGGGAGAGAGGUUGUGUAGAAACGUUCAGCAAACAGAACAUUGAUGGCAGAAAGUUCAUGUCGUUGACCAAGGAGCAGAUAGCAAAGCUAACUGGAAUGAAGGUAGCUCCAUCAUUGAAGAUAUAUCAGCAGAUAGUCCGUCUUCGAAAUCUCUUCCCGACGGCUGAAUCAUAAAGGUUAAUCUGUUCCAGCUUUUGUUAUUACAAACAUUUUUGUCUAGUUCCAAACUGACGUGGAAAAUUUGUAACCAGCACUCAGUUUAAAUUUUCCAUUUUCCAACUCAAAACAAGGGGAUGUUACUGAUUGGCAAACACUGGGAAAACUACUGCAAAACAGCAAAUACCAGUGUAACUUCUGGUGCGAUUUGGGAAGUUUUUCUGUUAUUUUCUGUUAGUUUCAGGUAUUUUCUGGUUUAAAGUAACACUAAAUAAGUGCAUAAGAAUUGUUUACACAAUCCAUGACAAAACCUACACGCUGAAAACUUGAUUGCUGCAUUUUAUGUUUUUGUGUUUUACAUACUUGUGAAACAAAUCAUGUACCAUACAAAGCGCUGAAUUUACUUCCCAAAGAAGAAACUUCAUUAUCACAUAUCAAAUUGACGUUUUGUGGAAUCCAAACUGGACGCACAUUUUUCAGGCCUGCGUGCUUCAUUUUGUUAUGGCAAGGGGCACCAAGGCUUUUUCUCCUUCGUAAAGGACUUCCUGUAAUGAGGAAGUUGUAAAUUUCGACUGGAGCAUUUCAAGGGCACCAAGGCAAUGACCAGGGGGCAUGGGGGCAAUC